AUGGACCCGAUAAACAUUCCUAUACCUCAUUAUCCUCCUUUCAAACUUCGUUCAUCUUUAAUAGACGUUGAUCCGUUGAUAUGGGUCAAUUUACAAUACCAGUACAUCCAACUAUUCAAAGUCCUUUUACUGAAAUCACCUCCACAUCUCGCCACUAAAUCUCAACACCAGCUUUCGGAAUUCGUUAAGGUAUAUCUUCACGAACACUCCAACGAUCCAGGAUUCUUUUCCCUUGGAGCCAUCAACCCUCAGAUCGUCAAGAACGAGAAGAGUCUACGGUGUCUUGUGUUUGCCAUCAUACAGCAUUACUCAAUAGUCCAGCUAAACUUGACCAGUGAGCAUGUAUGGGCGUUUAUCAAGUUGUAUGUCAGAGAGAACGUUACUCUUGUAAGAACGAUAGUUGACGGAACGUAUAUCCUGAAGUUCAACAACAACAAGAAACUGAAGAACAUUUCAAGUAUCUUGCCCUUGCAGAACCAUUUGAUCCAUUUGAUACGGCAACAUAAGUUUGACUACGCUUCUGAUUUGGAGACUUUAUCUCAUUUGCUUGGUCAAUCAAUCAAAGCAAAACAGGUCAUAUCAAAGGGGACUGGUGGCACAACUGGGGGAUUCAAUAUUAUAAAGAAGAAUAAUAAUAAUAAUCCUAGCACUAAUUCGUCUUCUUCUACAUUUCUGUCGCAGUUUGUUAAUUCCCAUUGGAUCGAGUUGAUUCAAGCUGAAUUCAACCCUGAUCUUAAGUAUGAUAAUUUACGUUCUUUAAUGGUGGUGUCCCUCAUUCUGUUAACAGUUAACAAGUUGAAAACCCUUUUGCAUGCCUUAGAUCUGGAUGGCUUCCAUAAACUAGCUCAAGAUUAUUCGUUGUUCGUUAUGGUGGCUACUUCUGAAGCUUUUGACCAGCUUGUUCCAGGCGCCAAAGACCUCAUUUUAAGUCAAAUUAGCUUCGGUAAUGCGCCUGGUGCUGUAGUCGAUUCAAGUCCUGAAGUCGACUCAUAUAAACUACAAAUCAUUCAAGACAUGUUUGGAGUAGACGCUGAUGUUUCUCAACGGUUAAUAGCCAGCAAACCUGAUUUAACAGUGGAAGAAAUCGUACAUCAAGUGUUGGAAAACCCAAGUAUACUCGAAAACUUACCGCCUCCAUCUUCAACCACGGCCGCCAAAGUCCCAUUGCCUGCUUCGGACUUGGCUCGGUUCCAAGGUGGACCCACUAAGAUACUCAAACGGGAGAAAAAGAAUACUGUGCAAUCACAGGAACUCAAGCAAAGGUCGCUUGAUGUCGCAAUGCGUCUUCUCUAUGAUAGUGACGAAGAUGAACCUGAUGAUACUUACGAUGAUCAGGAACGCACAUCCGGUCUUGACGAUGGCAGUAACUCUGGUUCAGGUGGUAAUAAAGUAGGUGGUCAAGCUGGUGGAGUUUCGGUCGAGGAACGAUAUCUAUUUGCCCUUUACAAGAAGAAUGGAGGUGGAAUAUUUGAGAAACUGGAACGUAAGUCUCCAACGCGUGCACAGAUACACGCAAAGACAAAAUGGUCACAUGAACAAAUUGAAGGUUGGUUUCGUAUGUUAUCUCAAAGCUCAAGAAGGUUUAAAAUGUUUGAAGAUGACUAUUUCUUCAACCGUGAUGACGGUUCGUUGGAUAUCGGUGGCGCUGCCAAACAACACCAUCAACUGUAUGCUUCCUCGAAGGACUCUGUAAAGAAUCAGCAACGUCGUGAUGGACAACGCAAGGCAUCUAAAGCUAACCAUAAUCGGAAAGAUAGACACAUGAAGAAGGUAUAA